AUGCCGCUGCCAUUUGGGCUGAAAUUGAAACGCACCCGCCGAUACACGGUAUCCAGUAAGAGUUGCCUAGUUGCACGUAUCCAGCUACUGAACAAUGAGUUUGUGGAGUUCACGCUGUCGGUGGAGAGCACUGGCCAGGAGAGCCUUGAAGCUGUGGCCCAAAGACUGGAGCUGCGGGAGAUUACUUACUUCAGCCUGUGGUAUUGCAAUAAGCAAAAUCAACGCCGGUGGGUAGAUUUGGACAAGCCUUUGAAAAAGCAGCUGGAUAAGUAUGCCUUGGAACCUACAGUCUAUUUUGGGGUAGUGUUUUACGUGCCUACGGUUUCUCAGCUUCAGCAGGAGAUUACUAGAUAUCAGUAUUAUUUGCAGCUGAAGAAAGAUAUCUUAGAAGGAAACAUUCCUUGUACAUUAGAACAAGGAGUUCACCUCGCAGGCUUAGCUGUUCAAGCUGAUUUUGGUGACUUUGAUCAGUAUGAAUCUCAAGAAUUUCUGCAAAGAUUUGCCUUGUUUCCUGUGGGCUGGUUACAGGAUGAAAAAGUUAUUGAAGAAGCUACACAAAAAGUGGCUUUGCUGCAUCGGAAAUACAGAGGACUUACACCACCUGAUGCCGAAAUGUUAUAUAUGCAGGAGGUAGAAAGAAUGGAAGGCUAUGGGGAAGAGAGCUACCCUGCCAAGGACAGCCAAGGGAGCGACAUAUGCAUUGGAGCAUGCCUUGAUGGUAUUUUUGUGAAACACAAAAGUGGGAGGCCUCCAGUUAUAUUUAGGUGGCAUGACAUUGCUAAUAUGUCUCACAACAAGUCCUUUUUUGCAUUAGAGCUGGCAAAUAAAGAAGAAACCAUCCAGUUUCAAACUGAAGACAUGGAAACUGCUAAAUAUGUGUGGAGGCUGUGUGUUGCUAGACACAAAUUUUACAGACUCAAUAAAUGUAGCCUGCAAACCCAGACAGUUGCAGUGAAUCCAGUUAGGAGGAGGUCUUCUUCAAGGAUGUCUCUGCCUAAUCCUCAAGCUUUCAUGAUGCCACCACCACCUCAGCUGCAUUAUAAUGGACACUACACAGAACCUUACAAUUCUUCCCAAGAUAACCUCUUCGUGAACAAUCAGAAUGGAUUCUACUGCCAUUCUCAAACGAGUUUAGACCGAGCGCAGCCUGACUACAAUGGGAGAAUCCGCAACGGGAGCGUCUACAGUGCGCACAGCACCAACUCUUUAAAUAAUCCUCAGCCCUUUCUGCAGCCGUCCCCUAUGUCCUCUAACCCAAGUAUUACCGGAAGUGAUGUUAUGAGACCUGACUAUGUUCCAUCAAAUCGACAUAGCGCCCUGAUACCUCCAUCUUAUCGCCCUACUCCGGAUUAUGAAACAGUGAUGAGGCAACUCAACAGGGGAAUGAUGCAUGCAGAAAGGCAAAGCCACUCAAUGAGAAAUCUGAACAUUGGCAAUUCCUAUGCAUACAGUAGACCUGACGCAUUGGUCUACAGCCAGCCUGAAAUCCGAGAGCACGCUCAGUUUACCUUUCCCCAGUCAAAUCACUAUCCAUUCAGUCUGAAUUGCAGUUUUCAUAGCCAGUCUCCCUCCUCUCACCCCACUGAAAGGAGACUGGUUGUCGGAGCCGUCAGUGUGCCCGAGCUGACUAAUGUCCAACUGCAAGCACAGGAUUAUCCGACUCCAAACAUCAUGAAAACCCAGGUCUAUCGACCUCCUCCCCCCUACCCAUAUCCAAGACCCGCCAACAGCACCCCAGACCUUUCCCGCCAUCUAUACAUAAGCAGCAGCAACCCGGAUCUCAUUACCAGGAGAGUCCACCACUCAGUUCAGACAUUUCAAGAAGACAGCUUGCCCGUUGCCCAUUCUCUCCAAGAAGUCAGCGAGCCCCUGACGUCAGCCCGUCAUGCUCAGUUACAGAAAAGAAACAGUAUUGAAAUAGCUGGGCUGGCUCACAGCCUUGACGGCAUCAGAAUUAAAGAGAGGACUAUGUCGGCAUCAGCAGCCGAUGUGGCACUGCCACGGGCUGUCUUGGCAGGUUCUCAGCCAAACGUUUUCAUCGAGAGAACCAAGCAGGAAGAAAGUGAAGAGCAGGAAAGUGUGAGAUAUGGUCACAAGAAGUCACUUUCAGAUGCCACUAUGCUGAUUCACAGUAGUGAAGAAGAGGAAGAUUUUGAAGAAGAGAACAAGGAAAGCGCGACACUCUCUCCUCCCCCUGGCGAGCCAACCCAACUUUCAGCUAUAAUGGACAAUUUUUCUCAAGAACCUUUGCUGAGUUACCCCUUUGGUUCUGUAAUCCCGGUUCCCGGCUCUUUGCAUAUUUGUGAGCCUAAGACACACAUUACGGAUCCUGAAAAGAGGGUUAGAGACGUAAGCCCGGUUCAUGUAAUAAUUGAAAGCCAGAUGACCAGAAGAGGGGAGGGGUUGCUCACGCCAUCUAUGUCUGAGUCUGAUCUCACAACCUCAGGAAGAUACAGGGUGAGGAAGGAGUCAAUAAAGAAAAGGCCAGUGUCUGAUUUUGUUUCAGGAAAGAAGAAUAUUGUUGAAGGUCUUCCACCUUUAGGGGGAAUGAAAAAGAAUCGAGCGGAUGCAAAAAAAUAUGGUCCCCUCAAAUUGGCUGCUUUAAAUGGACUCUCCUUAUUGCGACUGCCUCUGCCUGAUGAGGGGAAGGAAGUGCCAACCAGGGCAACCAAUGAUGAAAGGUGUAAAGUUUUGGAACAUCGGUUAGAACAAGGCAUGGUGUUCACGGAAUAUGAACGAGUUCUGAAAAGGAGGAUAGGAGAUGGAGAGUGUUCAACGGCACGGUUCCCUGAAAAUGCAGAGAGAAACCGAUUCCAAGAUGUACUUCCUUAUGAUGAUGCCAGAGUGGAAUUGGUACCUACCAAAGAAAAUAACACUGGAUAUAUCAAUGCAUCACAUAUUAAGGUCUCUGUUGGUGGCAUUGAGUGGGAUUACAUUGCCACACAAGGACCAUUGCAGAAUACAUGUCAGGAUUUUUGGCAGUUGGUAUGGGAACAAGGAAUUGCUAUCAUAGCAAUGGUGACAGCAGAAGAGGAGGGUGGACGAGAGAAGAGUUUUAGGUAUUGGCCACGACUUGGUUCAAGGCACAACACUGUCACCUAUGGAAGAUUUAAAAUAACAACACGAUUUCGAACAGACUCUGGUUGCUAUGCUACAACUGGCUUGAAGAUAAAACACCUUCUCACUGGGCAGGAAAGAACGGUUUGGCAUCUUCAGUACACUGACUGGCCAGAACAUGGCUGUCCAGAGGAUUUAAAGGGAUUUCUGUCUUACCUGGAGGAAAUCCAAUCAGUCCGUCGCCACACAAACAGCACAACUGAGCCCAAAUGUCCCAACCCUCCUCUACUGGUCCAUUGCAGUGCAGGUGUAGGAAGAACAGGAGUAGUAAUCCUCUCGGAGAUCAUGAUUGCCUGUCUGGAGCACAAUGAGAUGCUGGACAUCCCAAGAGUGCUGGACAUGUUGAGGCAACAAAGGAUGAUGAUGGUUCAGACUCUCAGCCAGUAUACUUUUGUCUACAGAGUUCUCAUUGAAUUCCUGAAAAGCUCUAGGCUUAUAUAAACUCCCACUGUUUCUUAUGGGACCCCUUUAUCUAAAGAGUUUACAAAGAAAAUUGCAUUUGUCAAGGCAGACCUGGCCUGUGCCUUUUCCCCAACACCUGGCUCAUCAGGGUAGCAUUGUGGCCUGUUUCAUUUUAUCUUCAUGACAGUGCAUCAUGUGGAAAAUUAGAAGCACAGUGCUGAAGGAAUGAAUCUCAAGUCUGUGGGCAAAGUGUUGGAACAGGAGGACUGGUUUGGAGUGACUUACUUGGCUGUGCUUCUGUCUAUGCUGAUUUGCGGUACUUGCACACGUUAAUGAGAUUGUGUUUUCUAGAUAAACUGAUUUUCUAAUGAAGCUAGGCUGGGCCGUCCUGGCACCCAAAAUAUUGCUCUGUUGAUUUCUAUCUGAAACGGUUUGAUGGCCGGAUAUUAGUGUGAAACCGAAAAAUUGCUAUCUAGAGUUUUCCUUAGUGACAGACCAGUUUUACCCAGGGAUUGCCAUGGUCUUGACUGCUUUCUAUACAAUUCAACUUUAUUAUUUAAUGCAAUUUUAAUAUCUUUUAAAAUAUUGGUUACUUUUUGUCUAGUUAACAACUGCAAAAAUAAAAUAAAAGCUUAAGUGGGUUGGGGUUAUUUAAGAAGUUGCAAGCUCUUUGUACUCAAAAGUAUAUUCCCAAAUCCACUUAAAAUAGCAGAACUUUCUAAGCUGAGGACUGAAUGUACAAAAUUUGUUUAGAAUAUGUAAAAAGUGAAGGGAUUGAAUUAGAUGCACUCUUACUUAACAGAGAUCUCAGCAACAGAAUCAGCAACAUUCAAUAUAUUCUCAGUAUUAUAAGUAUAGAUUUUCCUGGUUAAAACUGAAGUGAAUACAAGUAAAUGAUGGUUUUAAAGCACUUUUUGCUGUUAUUUAAAUAGCAAUACAUAUUGCUUUUAUCUGUAUAUUGUUUUACUAUUACUAACAGUAAUAAUGUUGGAUACUGUUUAGGAAAAAGUGUUUUACAGUGGUGAUGUGAGAAAAAGAGUUGAGUAAGUAGGAAGGGGAAUAGGUGAGUACUGGGAGUAAUAGAUGAGUACAGGAUGGCAAAAUGAUGUGGUUCUCUUUGAUUUCUCCGGUCAGUGCAAAGAUAUAGUAUUAUGUAUUUUUUUCUUUUGUACUUCCAAGAUAAAACAAAAAUGCAGCUUAAUUUACCAGUGAGAUCACUUAGUAUAUUUUGUCAGUCUUGGAACAGGAUUUGCUCAUGUUUUGGUAGUGGUGUUUCAUGUCAGCCAAGUUGAAUUGUGACUUAUUGGAGACCAUUUUAAGAGAAUGAGCAAAAUUCAGAAAUGAUGAAUGAAAAAAUGUGGAAAUGGGAACAUUUCUUAUGUAUCAACUUAGUGUUAAUUUUCAAAUUUGACAUAUUUAAAAAUCAUGUUGAAAAAGGUAGAUCAAAUGAAGAUACUCAGACAGAUGUGCAGAAGGAUAAAAUGGAGUGUUUGCUUGAAUUUUUUGUUUCUUUAGAUGUACAGUUGGAAUGCUUUUUUGAGGUUGGUACAUCU